CAGCAGCUCCUGUCUCUUCAGUCAGUCAGUAACGGUCCAGGCUGCCGGGCGGUCAGUUGACGGACAGUUAACGGAUCUCACGGUUUACUACGGACCGCGGGGCUGUUUUCUCGAGCUGCUUCCAGUCGGUACCGGACACACGCUGUGUGGAAAUGUCUCUGCUUCUUCCUCUGCUGCUGAAUAUUCACUUCAGUUGGGAUUUUAUCUUCAAGAAAACUGUUUUUUUUUAUGGAAGUUUGAACCAACUGGCGCUCUUUUGAUGUCCUUCUACAUGUGUGUUGUCUGAUGGAUACAGAGAUACUGUUGGAGUAUUUACACGGCUUUUUGUGAUUUCUUUUGAGGAGAAGGAGAAGCAUGCUGUGUUCUGCUCAUCUCAACUGUUCCAGUAGUUCUGUUAUUGUGUUUACGUGACUUUAAAACAACAAUGAUUUCAGAGGAGAGAAGCAGUCACGUAAACAAACAAGCCCUGAACUUCCCAGUGGGUUUACUCAUCCGCUCUCCUAAGAAGAGACUGGCCAAACUGGGAAGGAAACCCAGCAAUGGAUCUGUCCAAUCCAAUAACUCUGACACCACCGUCCGCUCCACAGAGAGCGUUGGUGUCCGGCAGCCGGCCAAGAGCAAAAUCCGCCGCCACAACAACAGGCUUUCCACUGUUUUCAACCACAGCCCCAACAGUGGACGCCGCAGCCAGCAGGGGCUGGGCAGUGGGUGCCUGGCCGGUGACCCCCAGGCUGCAGACGACCCGGCAGAGCUGUCCAGUCAAAUGUCUGUCCCUGGCAUCCUGAAGAUCUUUGGCAGCGACAUCUGUCAGGGGACCAAUUAUAAGAGCGUGCUGGCCACCACACAGUCCAGUGCAAAGGAACUGGUGAAGGAGGCCUUGGAGAGGUACUCCCUGGAAAAAGAAGACGCCAACAACUACGUGCUCUGCGACGUGAUCGGCCAGACGGGUGCAGACAACCAGUGGAAGAGGGAGUGUUUCCGGGUGGUAGGAGACAACGAGAAGCCCCUCAUGCUGCAGUCGCUUUGGAAACCCAAGGAAGGUUUCUCCAGGCGUUUUGAAAUCCAGCUGAGAGCGAGUGUCGAAGAGCAAAGUUUAAAGGACAGAGACACCGUCACAGCAGGCAUCAACGCUCAGGCUCGUAAGCUGCAGAAGAGCCGCUCCAGAGUGACCUCGUUGUUUGUGGACGGCAGCGCGGAGGAUGUGGACGGACUCGGGAUCUGGAGGAGUCUGAGUGAGAUGGAUCUGUCUGCGAUGGGGAAGGAGGCCAGCCGGGCCCAGCAGAGCUCGCUCAGAGAGGAUCCAGAGGCCGAGGCCGACAAGGAGGUCCUGCGGCUCGGCAUGGAGAAGGAGGAGACGGAGAGCAGCGACGACAACACCACCCAGUACUCCAUUCAUCCACCCUUCGACUUCCCCUACUUCCUCCUGCUGCAGGGCUACAGCCACAGACAGGAUUUUGUCAUCUACCUGAUGAGUGGGACCACCACCAUCUUUGGCUGCUGCAGGGAGCACUGUAACGGAGAAGACGAGGAGAGGUUAAAGGUCGACAUCCUUCUCUUUGCUCCUGAUGUGUUGCCUCAACACUGCUGCGUAAGACGCCUGGACUCUAACAUCCAGACCUCCACAGGGGAGCACAGAAAGACUUUGACAAUGCUGAAGCCCCUCCAUGGUGCCCCCGUCACCAGAAAUGGUUUCCUCCUUAAAGAGGAGGUGGAACUGAACCCAGGGGACUUGGUGGGCUUGGGGAAACACUACCUGUUCAUGUUUAAGGAUCCUACCAGCACAUCAGGAUCCCUCCAGACCCCUCUGUGGAUGACCACACUCUGCCCGAACUCUGACACCAAGACAUCAUCCUCUUGUUUGUCAUGUGGCUCCUCUAUCGCCAUCAAAAGGUUCCAGAGGAAGCCUUUACCGCCUCGUUGGAGGGACCUGGAGGGCACAGAGGCUUUGGUGAUCUAUGAGCUGGAGCAGGAGGAACGAGUCCUGCAGGAGGUUUUGGAUAUGUUGGACCCCAGUGGGAAUGAACCGAAGCUGACACCUGCUUUCCUGCUGAGCCUCUGCAUCCAGCACUCAGCCUCCACGUUCGAGCUGACACACUUCAGACAGCUGCUGCUCCGGAUAGCCGGCCAGAUCCAGCUCGUUAUGUGGGAGAAGACAAAGGAACUUGCAGCGAUCCAGCCAGAAACGAGCUCCAGUGACGGGCAGCAGCCCGAGCCUCUCCAGCUGCUCAGCAUGGAGGAGCUGAUCCCAGGUCUGCAGCCUCUGGUGCUUUGGAUGGCCAACUCCAUCGAACUGCUGCACUUCAUCCAGCAUGAAGUCCCUCAGCUGCUGCCCUGGAGGCAGGACCAGGAGGACGAAGGUCUGUUGGACUCUGAGAUGUCCUCCACUCGGACAGCCUGUGAGGAAGCCAUGACGGUCCUGGAGGAAAUCAUCAUGUUCACCUUCCAGCAGUCUGUCUACUAUCUAACAAAGAGCAUGUAUUCAGCCCUGUCCGGUCUGCUGGACGGGAACCCGUUCUCAGAGAGCGGUCAGCUACGAGUGCCUGAAGGACUCAGCGGCAUCCUGGAGGUGCUGAAGGAGGCGCUGAAGCUUCUCACAGCCUUCCAGGUCCAUCCAGACAUCUCGUUACAACUCUGUGCCUACCUGUUCUUCUUCAUCAACGCGUCGCUGUUCAACGCCCUCAUGGAGAGAGGAUCUGACGCCGGGUUCUACCAGUGGUCCCGAGGUGUUCAGAUCCGGGCCAACCUGGACCUGCUGAUGGACUGGAUCCAGAGCAUCGGUCUGGGCGAUCUGGCCAACGAGUUCUUCCAGAAGCUUUCUGCUGCUGUCAAUCUGCUGGCCACACCCAAAGAAACCCUCCUGCAGGCGUCCUGGGCUUCUCUCAGGACUGAGUUUGCCGCCUUGAACGCUGCCCAGCUUCACCACAUGCUGAGGGAAUACAACUCUGGUAAAGCUUGUCCCACCGGAUGGACCCCGUCACCGGACGAUGCAGAGGACUCCGUCAGGACGGAAGACAUCCUGGAGAGCUUCGACAGCCACCCGCCGCUCAUCCUGCCCGCCAGCACGUUUCACCUGGAGCUGGGUAAACCCGUCGUGGAGCCCGCUCUGUUCCAACAGCUCGGCCGUCUGCAGGAGUUCAUUCGCCGACUUCCUCGCAGUGAAACCCAAGCCGAGCCCGACGUGGAGGAACAGGGUCUCAGUGGGACGACCACAGACAGCCAGUUUACGACCUCACCCUCCGUCAGAGUCUUCCAGGAUCCUGCCCAUCAGGUGGUCUCUGACCCGGUUACCUGCACCUCCGCCGAGGCAGACAUAGACCCUACCUCCCCCGCAGAGCCAGCUCAGGCCCGAGGAUCUCACGGUGACCUGAGCAGCUGUGAGGCGGUCCUGACCCAGAAGCUGAAGAGCUUGGAGCUGCAGAACACCCUCCCAGGUCACGCCGACAUGGGCUACAACAAGAGCAUGGCACUGGACCCGUCCUGCUUGCUGACGCCACCCAAUACCCCGCAGGGUAUGGAGCUGGCCGAGCUGGAGGCCGAUCUGCAGGAGGGCGCCCGCCAGCUAAAGAAAGCCAGUGGAUGUGCUGACAGGAAGACGGAGAAUGUAGAAGAAGAAGAAGACAGAGAGGAAGUGUUCACAGUGGAGAUCCACAGAGGACCUCACGGUCUCGGCCUGGCGCUCGUGGACGGGACGAAAACACAGCUGAGCAUGACCGGCAUUUAUGUGAAGUCGGUGGUUCCCGACUCUCCUGCCGCUCAGUGUCAGAAACUGAGAAUGGGCGAUCGCAUCCUGGCUGUUAACGGCAUCAGCGUGGUCGGUAUGGAGUACAACAUUGGUAGAGAACUGAUCCGAUCAUCAGGAGACUCUCUCAGAUUGCUGGUGGCCAAAAUCGAAUCAAAGCCGAGCAACAAGAGCUCGGCUACGACUAAAUGCUGAAGGGAGAGCUGUGUGUAGACAAUCAAGUGCAAUUGGGAAUAUUGGGAUGUUUGGUUCAUCCUUCCUGCUACAUCCAAAGUCAUUAUUUCUCACAGGAUGAAGGAAAAACCCACUUCCAGCUUCUCAUUUCAGACUGGUUAUAAAAUAGAGCUGUUUUUUGUGCGUUGAGACAAUCAAUCCAAAGCAGCAGGACUGAUUCCAGAAGACUGAGGGCAUGGUCAAGUUAUUAAAAGCAAAUUCUGCUGCCACAGCUUCUUUCUGGCCUAUAAACAAACUCCAACCACACUCAUAAACCAUGAGGGUUUAGCGGUGAGGAGAGUAGCUGCCUGUGGCAAUUUGCAAUUGUGAAAGAUCUAUUUGAAUGUCUGAGUACACAGUAGUCUGUCUGAAGAGCGUCAUCGAGCUGCUGCGGGAUCAGGAUUCAUGUCUGGCAACAACUGGAAUUAUUCAUUUUUAAAUUAUGGCUGUUUUAAAAACAGUACAAGAACCUCCAUCUUACCCAGUCAUCUGUUAGGGAGUCACAGAUUCAUCCUUCUCUGCACAAGUAAAAGAUCUGUCAUCAUAUUUGGGCAAAUAUAUUUGUUGGUAUUCUGUCUUUUGAACACAUUUCUGGAAAAGUCCCAAAACGAGGAAAACCACACUGGGAUCAAGCAGAUUCAUCUUAACUUACUGGGAGAUUUUGUUUUCUUGUUUUAAGGAAAAACAAUGAUUUUCUUUCUUUGCAUUUUAGCAGCUGGUCAUUUUCAUUGUGGCCUUCAGAGCAUAAAUGACUGUUCAUGUAAAGUAUUGAUCUGUUACAGUGAUGGGUAACAAUAAAUGUCCAGGUUAAACGACAAUCUUUAGACUAUAACGGCGUAUUAGGGCCAUUGUAGGUAAAAAAAAAAUAAUUACAGAGCCGGAGGAGGGGGUUAAUAUUCUGAGAAAAAACUCAGAAUUUACCAGAUUAAAGUGGCAAAUUUACG